AUGGUGGACGGAAAGGAGGUAGCGCCUACUGUUGAUGUAUCUAGUCAGAUCUUGGAGGCAAUUGCACAACUAUCCAUGAAGGUGGAUCAACAAAAGGAGGAGCUCAAUCAACUAAGGAGAGAUGUAGAUCGAAAUCAAGGAGGGAAUCAUCUGCCUGGAGCUUUUCGGUUUGCACCAGUUCGUAAUGUGGAGUGUGCUCCUGGAGAGCAGAAUGCAAACAGAUGCAAUGAAGGUCGAUUCGAUGAUUUGGAAGGUGACAACGAAGGCAAUGGACGUUACCUUUAG